AUCCGGCAGCUCUCAGCUGACGCAGCCAGUGUCCGCCAGGCGAGCGACCGCGCCGCCUCGACCUGCCAGCCGACCGCCGCAGCCGCCGCCGGCCACUCGGAGUGCUUCGUAGGGACUGCUCAUCCCUGUACAAGAGACUCCGUGCCAAAGCAGCUGCCGACCGCUCGUUGCAAGAACGACGACGCUCUGGGUGUCAUGAGGUCGAGCUGAGCCGCUGGCAGGUGGACGGGUUCCGCUACACUGCUACUGUGCUGACAGAUCGGCUGACAACCAUGUCGUCGCGCUCUAAGGAAAAGAUGGCGGCCGCGUUCCGGCGGCUGUUCCGGCCCAAGCUGGCGUCGUCAGGAGCGGGCGAGGCGGCCGGAGACGCUGCGUCCGGAAGCGGAUCCCCGGCCGUGGCGGGCGCCGCCGCCUCCAGCUCCUCCUCCGCAGCGGGGGCGGCCGCUGCUGGCGCCAGCGGUGGUGGCGGCAGCAACUCCAACUCUCCCGUGGCAGCCGCGAGGCGGCUCCUCAGCAGGCACGGCUACCACCACAGGGACGCGGUGACGCCGGCGGAAAGCGCCGAGGCCAGAGGCGGGGGCGGAGUGGCGGGGGCGGCGGCGCCGGUGCGGAAGUCGGCGCUGAGCCUGCUGCGGCCCAAGAAGAGCUCCGCCGCGGCUGCGGGGGCGGGCGCCGGAGCCGCCGCCGCGGGGCACUCGGCCGACAAGGGCGCCUGCGGCUCCCAGGCCGGCGCCAUCGCAGCCCACAAGACGGUGCGCGCGCGGCGGCUGAUGAAGGAGCUACGAGAGAUCCAGCGGCUGCAGGCGCAGCAGCGGCACGACCCCGUGUUCACGGUGGAGCUGGUCAACGACAACCUGUUCGAGUGGCACGUGCGGCUGUUCCGCGUGGACGCGGAGAGCGAGCUGGCGGGCGACAUGCGCGAGCUGGGCGUGCCCUGCAUCCUGCUGCACCUCGCCUUCCCCGACAACUUCCCGUUCGCGCCGCCCUUCAUGCGCGUCAUCUCGCCGCGCAUCGAGAAGGGCUUCGUCAUGGAGGGCGGCGCCAUCUGCAUGGAGCUGCUCACGCCGCGCGGCUGGGCGUCCGCCUACACCGUCGAAGCCGUCGUCAUGCAGUUCGCCGCCAGCAUAGUGAAGGGCCAGGGGCGCAUCGCCAGGAAGCACAAGGGCAGCAAGGACUUCAGCCGGCGCUCGGCCGAGGAGUCGUUCCGCAGCCUGGUGAAGACGCACGACAAGUACGGCUGGGUGACGCCGCCGCUCGCCGACGGCUAGCUGCCAGCACGUGACAGGUGGUGCUGCCGCCGCUGCUACCGCCCUCGCCGCCGCCGCCACCGCCUCUGCCGCCUCCGCCGCCCCCGCAGUGUUGAGCUGCGCCUCCCGCCACUGCGGAGUGGACAGCCGGCGCUCUCCUCCACGCAGCCCCCUUCUCGACGAACCUCCAUCCUGAAAUCAUCUCAUCGUCACUCUUACUUUCCAUUCUCUAGACUCUAGAUCAAGCUGUUAGUUCAUAGCUACCUGUAGCUUUAUUAAGAGACAUUUUCUCCGGCUCUAGGACUAGUGUUUAUAGUUCACCCAACCCAAAAGAAAUAGAACGUCAGCAUAUUCAAACCCGAGUACGUGACCGCCCUCUACAAGUGGCUAGCUACAAGUAAACUUUACACGUAUCGUGUACCUCGACAGACUCCAUCCCCGAGAUAAUCUCAUCGUGUUUGAUCCCAGUGCUUUGAUGUUCGCUUUAAUGGUUUGGAAGCUGUAACAGCUUCUCUCUUCGCAGUCUGGACUGGCUGUGUACUAAAAGUGUCUACGAAGAUACCAAGGAAAAACUUAAAUCCGAAGGUGCCGCCAUACUACUAAAUUUAAUAACCUAUAUUUAUCAGACAUAAAUUACCUGUGAUGCUUCGUAUGACAUGUGGAUAAUUGUGCUUCUGACGAAUGCUUGUUAUAGUGUGACGUUUACUCAUUGAAAUGACAUGUCUACUUGUACCUCAUAACAAAGAUUAACAUUUUACCAUCCAGAUAAGUUACGGUGGACUUUACGGUCAAUUACACGAGAUCUUCCUAAACUAUACUGCCGCAAAUGACAAUAGAAAAACAUUGCGGUAAAUCUCUAAACACAUAAUGCACAACAAAAAUGACUCCAAGUUUCUCUUACGAACACCACUGCUGCCGUUUCAAUCUAUCUAAUUGGUUCUGCAAACAUUAUCAAGAUUUCCAUUCAUACCGUAUAUAUAUUACCGACACAUAAACUACAAAAUGUUAUUUAAACAAAUGACAUGGAAUAGAAUUUAUUAGUAUUACAAACCGAGAGAUAUGCGGAAAUUAAUGUUUAUUAAUAUUUGCUCGGAAACUUACUGACGUAAGACUAAAAAUACACUUUCGGGAUGUCUCUACACGUAGAAAUAGUAACAUUCUUCGGUCUAAAGCUUGGUCAGUUCUUUUUUUUAUGUUCGUGUGUUUCGGUUCUCAUACGUUGCCACGCCUCUAGUACCAAACCAAAAUAAAAACUGGCUAUAAAGAGAUCAGUUAAGUCCAGAUACAAAACUACAAGGGCGAGAGUUCAGAAUGAAGAAAAAUAGUAGCAGCUAAAUAUCAUUCCAUCCCCUUGAAAUGUGUGACGUACUAUUAAGCCCGUGCAAUAGUAUUGUGGUAGUAAUCCAUUCCCAAUAAUCAUCCUAUAAAUCAUUUUCACUAGUAAUGUAAUUAUGAACGAACUGACGUGCAAUGUGGAACCAGAAAUUUCAAGCAUCUUGACAUACGGUAAAUUCGGUUGAGAAUUUGCGAGUCCCAUUAGGCUUCCUCCCUUAGAUCCGUCCCGUAUCCGUCAAAGAAAAUAAAUUUGCGAAGGCCGUCCACUCGUAAGUUAUACUGAAACCGUGGAGGUCUCAAGCUGCGGUUCACCAUUCUCCUGCCUUCCACCGAGAUAAACUAAACCUCCGUCGAUAAUGUCCCACGCCGAAUUUCCAUGAACACCAAAACGGCCAUUGGAUACUGUACUUUCCCCAAAGAGAACUUUACAUUUCUGAUUGAAUCUUACACAGCAUAAUUUCUAUACGGGUUCACUUCCUCAGUAUUAAAGUAGCAAGGAUAGUAGGUGUCGUAAUUGUAAAGUAUUUACUAAGAGAUUGGAUAUGAUGCUUUGUAGUAAUAAAGUUUAAAUAUUACACACAAAAACAUAUACCAUAUGCGCAUUGUAUUACUUUUGAGCAUAAAAUGUGAAAGACUUUGUAAUUUUUCAUUAUUCUACAUGUGGGAAAUGUUUUUGAUAUGCAUCUGUAGCACAGAUAGCUGCUGGAGCUAAUUGAUAUGUUAGUACAUGACCUGUUUGUCUCAUGCCAUCCAGUCCAUAAAUAUUUUUACUGGUCUCAUUGUCACAGAAAUGACGUCUCCAACUGCCUUCUAACAUUUUAUUUUAAAAAAGAACGCCCAUCAACAGAAGGAAGUAUUCAUCAUUAAUUAGCUUUUGAAAUGAUAGGAAAUUCUGCGAUAUUUUUUACCUGAAGUUGGAAACAUUAUUUCCCUACAGAACUAUUGAAACGUAUCUUUGUCUAUUCUUUAUUUAUAAUAAUUAUUUUCUUAUUUCACUUGCUAAUUUCAGCAUAUCAUAAUAUAAAAUAGAAAUCAAACGCUAAAAUAUAGUUAUUUCUCGCUCUCUCUCUCUCUCUCUCUCUCUCUCUCUCUCUCUCUCUCUCUCUCUCUCACUCACUCUCUCUCGCUUACUUUACUUCGUCGUAACGCGUUCCAUAUGAUUAUCCUGUAAUCCUAUCAAUUUUUCUCUAUUUAAUCCGUAUGCCUGUUGGUACAUCUAUGCUCCCCAAUAUCCACAUCACUAAAACACUGUUCUCUAUGAGCGUCCACAUUUAUUUAUAACAGAACCAUUAGAUCACACGUGAUUAAGACUUAACGAAAUUAACGUAUCAAGAGCAAAUUGUGCUCGUUGUAGGGCGAGAAUCGUAUCAGUUAUGUUUCUGACAAUCGAUAUGCUCAACCGCAAAGUCUACAGCAAAUAGUAAAAAACUUAAUAGGCGCCGCAUUAGAUUCAGAAAAAUGUUUUUUUUUUCUCCUCGCUUUGAAUACCGGUCACUUAUGUUCCUACAGUUCCGGGCCUACUAUCAGAUUAGCCACUUCUCAAUAUAGAAGUAAUCUAAAAAACAGCUGCUAUUUUUUCUUAUAACCUAGGAUGUGUGAUUACUUUUAAAUUAACUUAAACCUCGUGCCACGACGCUCAACCUUUAUUGGUAGUCGCAUUCGUUUUUCUGAUGCUGGUGUCUUCUUUACUUCCAACUCUAUAGCCAUAAAUUCAUCAUCUGUA